AUGAUAGCAAUUGUAGACGAUUAUCAUACGUCUUUCGAGGAUUUAAAUGGUGACGGCAAUUUUGUUUACUCUCGGUCUAGUUCAGAAGAAGAUACUAGUUCAGACGAAGAAUCCCUGUCACAUCAACCUUACAUGUGCAUUGACUCAGAUGAGGAACGAUCUCGAUCACCUUCUACCUUACCCCUAUAUUACAAUUCUGGUGA